AUGGGCCGAAAGAAGGCCGGCGCAGACGGCACAGAAGGAUUUGGAGGAUGUGGCAUGGGUGGCAUGGAUGAUAUCCAGAGUGCCUUUGCGCAGCUGCAGAACCUCAUGUCAAUGACUGCUAUGGGCAAGCCUGCACCUGCUUUGAACCCCAUGGGAGGUCAGGCUGUCCCCAGCCCACAGAUGGCCGGGACAGGAACUCUGCCGGCCGCCUUUGUGAUGCACACGAACCCUGGAACACAAGCUUCUCAGGCAAGCCGCAUGCAGAAAGGACCGCAGACCGACAAAGACGGGUACGACCCGAAUAAGAUUUAUGUUUCGGAGCACGGCCGCAUCCAUCCCGACAUCACGGACCUCUGUGAAGGCUUCUACAUCGAGGAGCGCCACGUGGAGAAGCUGAACGAGUUGAUGAAAAACCGGCUGGACACUUGGGACGAAGAUCUGAAAAAGCUCCGGCAAAUCAUGGAGAAAGCGCGAUCUCCGUGCGGUAUGCUUGUCGUGAAGAUGAAAGAGAUCGAGGAUGGCAUAUUCGUGGCAGUGAACCGCGACAAGCGCAUGAAGCAUCUCGCGGAGAAGUUCAGACUCGAUGACAUUGCUCAGACGAAUAUCGCAGAUAUCCUCGCAAGAUGCUCAGAGGAAAAGAAAGCAGAAUACUACCAUGAUCUGGAGAAGCACUUUGAGUGCUCGGGGAAGCCGUCCGCCACGGCCAUGCUCUUGAUCAAAAAGCUUGCAAACGGCGAUCCGCUCGGUCCCCCAGGUCGGCCCGCACCAGGCAGCUACUUGGACCGUGUCCAACGAGGUGACAAAGGAGAGCCUCGUUCGGAGAGGGACAAAGAGCUCCGGGACAGGGGAACGAGCGAUCGGGGGCGAGAUCUGCGGAACGAGCGGAUCGAACGGGACAGAGCUGAUGCUCGACGCGACCGAUCUCGUGAUCGAGGCUUUGAUCGCGAUCGUCGCGAUGACCGCGGCGAAGGAAGAGGCCAGCGAGAUCGCCGAGACCGCGAGGACCGCCGGGAGGACCGCCGCGACGACCGCCGCGACGACCGCCGGGACGACCGCCGCGAGCGUCAGGGUCGCAGAGACGAUCCUGCUCGUGAGCCCAAGCCUUUCAUACCUCAGCCAAAGGGCAUGGAACGACCCGAAAGAGGGGAAGGCUGUCCGGAAGCCGAAGGCCUGUCCGGCCGUGCUGCAGCUUCAGCCUUGCAGGCCGGAGCUGAGAGAGUCCGGAGGGAAGUUCAAGCAAACAUCCAAGCCGCCAUCAGGAAGGCUAUUUCAGAGGGACGACCCAUGGAAGAGUGGACAGCUUGA